CUUUCAUCAUCAAUAUAUCAUAUCAUACACUACGAGACUCAAUUAGAUACCUGCUACGGCUAGUGGUAAGGCAUCCCGAGUGCUAGUGUUGAUAUUCUAAGAGACACAAAUAGCUAUUUGCGCAGGCAGAGCGCCAAAAAAAAAAAUAAAAAAUCUCUUCUCAUUCCAAUCUAUAUACUCCCGCAUCAACGACGAUCACCACGACGUCGACCGAUCAAGACAUCCCUGAUACGGAGUCUUCAGGACAAAGCACCAACCCCUUCGUAGGUCCACCGUCGGACUUCGCAAACUCAUUCAAGGGAGCCAAUACACGCAUCGAUAUCAUGGCCGGAAACAUUGCGGAUAUGCUUGCCGAAAACAAGCUUCGGCACGAUCAAACCGAUGCUAAACUGGAUCAAAUCUUACAGGCCCUCCAAUGCAAGACGAUGGCAAUUGGUGUCCAGCAAGACCCAUCAGAGGAAUCAGGGGGACAGCCGAAGCGUCAGCAAAAGACAAAAUAUAUGCCAACCCAAUCUCCAACACCAGCAAGCGACCCUACUCCCUUGCCAUUCGUCAAGGCCCCGCUCAAUCCUAUAGACAACGAGCGACUAGCAGAUGGCAAGAUCAACCUCCAUCAGGUAAACGCCGGCAUGGGAGCACGCACUGUUGAGGAGGAACGCGUCAAGGCGAUAUUGCCAGAGGCAGUGCUGCCUGCCGAAGCAGAUGAGUUCGCGAAGAGCGAACUAAGCAUCACUUUCAAAAAUAUACAGAAGGUUUUAGACAUUCGUCAUAAGUAUAUCCGCUUGUCCUUGCAACGAGACGGCGAUAAUCCCAAGGAUGACCCGAGCUGGGAUAUUUACCCUCCCCCACCGGAGCCGGCCUGGGUUGAUACAAACCAGGAUAAUCAUGGCGUGAACACCGGAAAUAACAGUUUGAGCAAUAGUACUGUCUUAUCUGCCCAGCCUGGUGCUCAACGUCCUGGUGAUUCUGGACCUCCAAUUGCAGAUGUCCGGCCCAAACGAAUAUCAAGGAAGCGUAAGCCCGGCCAUGAUAUCGGCGAGGAUUUCGAAAUAGCAGAUAUCCUACCUCUUCCUCCAGCGAGUGAGUUCGUCUUUCGCCUCGACGAGAAUGGCGUUUACCAGGUCUUUGAAAACGAGGCCGCUGGUGAAGCCAACACGCCGGUGGUGGGAGUGCCUACGAUUAAAGAUUUUUAUAUGGAUCUAGAAGAACUCUUAGCUAUCUCGUCUGAUGGUCCGAGCAAAAGCUUUGCUUUCCGACGACUUCAGUAUUUGGAGGCCAAGUUCAACCUAUACGUACUCUUAAAUGAGUACCAGGAGACCGCAGAUACCAAAAAGGUGCCUCAUCGAGAUUUCUACAACGUAAGAAAGGUUGACACGCACGUUCAUCACUCCGCUUGCAUGAAUCAGAAGCAUCUCUUGCGGUUCAUUAAAAGUAAGAUGAAGAAGUGUCCGAACGAAUACGUGCUCUUCAGGGAUGGUAAGAACCUCACGCUAAAAGAAGUCUUCGAGAGUCUCAAGUUGACUGCAUACGAUCUUAGCAUCGACACUCUAGAUAUGCAUGCUCACACUGAUUCGUUCCAUCGCUUCGAUAAGUUCAAUCUUAAGUAUAACCCCAUUGGUGAAUCGCGGCUGCGAACCAUUUUCCUCAAGACGGAUAACUUCAUCCAAGGUCGGUAUCUAGCAGAAAUUACUAAGGAAGUCAUAUCCGAUCUCGAGUCCAGCAAAUACCAGAUGGUGGAAUGGCGAAUCUCGAUCUAUGGCAGGUCCUUGGAUGAGUGGGACAAUCUUGCUGCAUGGGUUGUCGAUAACAAGUUGUUUUCACAUAAUGUUCGUUGGCUCAUACAAAUCCCACGAUUGUACGACGUCUUCAAGGCUACCGAAUUGAUGGACUCGUUUGAACAGCUGGUAAAGAACGUCUUCCAACCCCUUUUCGAGGUGACCAAGGAUCCAGAGAGCCACCCGAAACUUCACAUCUUUUUGCAGCGAGUUAUCGGUUUCGACAGCGUAGAUGACGAGAGUAAGGUUGAGCGACGACUGUACAAAAAAUUCCCCGUGCCAAGGGAGUGGAACUCUAAACAGAACCCUCCAUACAGCUAUUGGAUUUACUAUCUCUUCGCUAAUAUGACAUCGCUCAACUUUUGGCGUCGCCAGCGUGGCUUCAACACGUUCCUGCUUCGACCGCACUGCGGAGAGGCGGGCGACAGCGAGCAUUUGGCCGUUGCUGUACUAUGCAGCCAUAGCAUUAGCCACGGAUUGCUUUUGAGAAAGGUCCCUCUGUUGCAAUAUAUUUUCUACCUUGAACAAAUAGGUAUUGCGAUGUCGCCACUUAGCAACAACGCGCUUUUCUUGGCCUACGAGAGGAACCCUUUCUAUCAGUAUUUUAGACGCGGACUGAACGUAUCACUCUCUACGGACGAUCCACUCCAAUUUGCGUUUACAAAGGAGCCGUUGAUGGAAGAAUAUGCUGUCGCGGCGCAAAUCUAUAAGUUGAGCCCGGUCGACAUGUGCGAGCUUGCUAAGAAUUCGGUGAAGCAGAGUGGUUAUGAAUAUUCCAUCAAGCAGCAGUGGCUGGGAGACAAGUUCAAUCUACCAGGAAAGGAUGGAAAUAGCAUGAAGAAGACUAACAUACCUGAUCGAAGAGAAGAAUUUAGGUAUCAUACGUGGGUUGAAGAGCAUCGUUUGUGAAAUCUCGAGCUAUACGUCUGCAUCUGAAUUAGACGAAGUUCUCGAACACCAUCCAGCAAUCACUUUAACCCAGACCCCCGCAUCGCCUACUUCAUCCGUCAUGGCGAACUUCGACGCUAGUUCUCACGUCUUUAGCACGGGGAAUCUACCACGUUCGGCAU